AUGGACCUGAUGCCGCCGCCACCAACGCCAUCUUCGCAGCGUCCUGCUUCGAUUCAGAUAAUCGAGGAAGAAUCUGGUUCAGAGUCCGAGCCAGAGUCAGAUACAAAUACUGCAACACCUUCCGCUCUUUCACCAUCAACACCCAGACGCAUUACGGCCAACUCGGAUGACGAAGAGGCAUCGGAACGCUUUCUUGACCAACUGAGAACUGCCAUCGAAGGAUAUCCCUCAUACGCGAAUUAUUGUUGUGGCGGUAACAUUCCAAUAUCGACUGCAUCUCGCAAUUCCCCAUCUUUUCAGGACUCUUCCAAGGCUGCUGUCACCUCACCACCUAUCACUUUGAGGUUUGAUACACCUAAUGGGUCUGUUCAGAGACUCAGUCUUCCCCCACAUCCAGAAGAAGAGAAAGGCAAAGGUAAGAGGAAAGUGGAGGUGGAAGAGUUACUAGCUUCGUGUACGCCGGAAAUCACAGGCGAUGAAAAAGCUGGAAGGGGCCACAGAACAAAGUCACGAAGGAGUUCAGCCAGACUUGACAGGGAGAAAUUCUCAGUAGAUGUCCACCCUGCAGAUCUUGGUAUUUUAGAUACGAUAAAGCAAGUUCUUCUACCGGAUUUAAAAUUGCAAAAUUCAAACGAAGCCGGAAAGGGCAAAAAAAGAAGUCUUUGGGAUGGCAUUGGGUCCGAAAGUUGGAGAGAAAGAGAGGAACACUGGGGCGUCAGGGCGGAAUUAUGUGAUCUGACCGUUUACUUCAGUUCUUCAAGCAACACACAGAAGCCUUUUGACACCCAGCCUCGUCAAGGAACCCACUUCGGUACUUUAGUGAUUUGUCUUCCUUCUGCUCAUCAAGGUGGAGGGCAGUUAAUUCAACACCCUACACCUCUCUUCAACCCUUCACUAUCCCCUCCACAAACACGUGCACACACGACCAUACUACCCACCGCCUCACUCAGUCCGACAAUAACGUGGUCCGCCUUCCCACGCAUGGCCAGCCAUUCAAUUCUUCCCAUUACUUGUGGUCACUUGGUGACGCUAACUUAUAACCUCUAUACUACCGAGGCAAUAGGAGGGAUACUCCAGAGGUUCCCGAUAGCUGACCCCAGGCUGUAUCCGUUGUUUAAAGUCGUUAAGAACCUGUUAAAUGAAGAUGAAUUCUUACGAUAUGGAGGUAUGUUAGGAAGCUAUUGCACUCAUUCUUACCAUCACACUACAAGGCAAACACAACACCACAUGCCAUUUUCGCUCCUGGGUACGGAUGCAAUCAUGUUCUCUGUGUUCAAAGCAUUGGGAUUGAGAGCAAUGGUUGGACCGGUGCUAGGAGAUGAAGCCUGGGACGAAUGGGCCCAGAUUCGGGAAGAAAGACUCGUCAGAAAAAUGUAUGAAGCGGGGCGUGAAGAGGAGAGCGACGAGGAGAUGGGAGAGGGUAGCUCGGUGGACAGCGAGGAAUUAAAGGAGAGAAACAUUGAGGUAGAAGAUGAGGAAGACGACAUUGAAACGGCGAGGGUCGGCAAAGCAUGGUGGAGAUUGAAAAUGGUUGCUACAGACAGUGAAAAAGGGGGUGUAUUCAAGGUUGGUGGAGAACCCAGUGAUUUCAUCAACCAACAUUAUCCAAUCCACCCACUUCCUAAUACUAUAUGGCUCAACGAGUCCUCCGACAACGGCUGGGAAGUCGCAAUGGCUAAUCUCAAAUCUACACCCCAAGCGACACCAAAGGCAACACCAACGAAAAAGGGCAAGGCAAAGCAAGCACCCUAUAUCAGUGCCAGUGACUACGAAGAGAAGACGGAAUUGAUGUGGCAAUACUCACAUGCCGCUAUCUUCGUGGAGAUUCCUCCAUAUGGCGCAGGUGUCAGAGGGAGUCCACGGCAGUAG